ACAAUAACACUGCUAUUGUGGCCUCACGUGCUUUUCAUCACCUUCACCAUGGUGGUCCAAUCAGCAGUGCAAGCGGCACUACCGGCUGUCCAGACGCUGCAAGACUGUGCAAUUUACAGCACCACCUUCGAGGCAUACCUCCCUCAGCUGUACGCGCUACCACAGCAAGUGUGGGCCGCGCUGGGAGACUUGGAAGCUCUCAAGCAAAUCUAUGUCUCGACCAAUCCGGCCAUCUUUGGACUCGCCGUGGCCCUCGCCCUGUUCCCUGUGUUCUUGGUCAUUUCAGAGGCAAACAAAAACUACAGCCAGGUGGACAGGGUCUGGAGCAUACUGCCUGCAGUCUUCAACCUCCACUACGCCCUGUGGGCGCGCAUGAAUGGUCUGCCUACUACGAGAGUCGACAACGUCCUAGCCUUUAGCGUAGUAUGGUCCAUCAGGCUGACCUAUAACUACUGGCGGAAGGGAGGUUACCAGAUUGGGAGCGAGGACUACAGGUGGGAGCUCAUCAAGAAGCAAAUCGGCUCCUUUGGCUUCCUAUUGCUGAACAUUGUAUUCAUUUCCUCUAUGCAGGUGGUUCUCCUCUGGAGUGUCACUCUACCCACAUACGUCCUUCUGCUCGCCUCCCAGCUUCGCCCAGAAAUGGGCAUGGCCGACAUUAUCAUCGCUAGGGUGCUCAUGGCUCUUGUUGUUUUUGAGUAUUUUGCAGAUCAACAGCAAUGGAAUUACCAGAACGCCAAGAAAGAAUACCUGAGAACCGCAAAGGUGCCAGCUGGCUGGACUCGUGCCCAAAUGGACCGGGGCUUCGUCACGACUGGGCUUUGGAAAUACAGUCGACACCCCAAUUUCGCAGCUGAGCAGAGCAUCUGGAUCCUUCUAUACCAAUGGUCUUGCUUCCAGUCCGACACCCUGUACAACUGGACAUGCGCGGGUGUUAUCGGUUAUGUGUUGGUGUUCCAGGGCAGCACUCCGCUUACGGAGUGGAUUAGCAGCCAGAAGUACCCCGAGUAUGGCCUUUACCAAGAGCGCGUUGGACAGUUUGUGCCCUCGCCUUUCGGUCGUGGCUGGAGUGAAGAGGAGAUGGAGAGUUUGGGGCCAAAGUACGUGGAGCAGGCAAAGGCAAAGCAACAGAAGAAAAGGACGUGAAAUGUCGGCAGUCAUACGAACCCCGUCAUGCACAACCUGGCAAGACGGUGGUGAGAGCGUCUGGAUAUACAUACCCGAUCUCAACAUGUAUGGAGUCGAGGCUAUACAGGAAACGCUCGCGGACAUCCUAGCUUUCGCGGGGCCGAUGUGGCGUGACCCCUCCCGUUUUGCUAUAAUAGUUUGUACCUCCUAGUUUUAGCGAAGGAUCUAUGCAGUACCUUAUACUGAGUAAUCUUGGAC